AGAGAGAGAGAGAGAGAGAGAGUGAGUGUGUGUGUGUGUGUGUGUGUGUGCUGACUCAUGGAGUGAUCUUAGGUUUUUUCCAGAAGCACUGCUGCAUUGUGGGUAAUCAGACAGUGAGUCCAAGAUGGCGGCAAGCAGGAGGCUGCAUAAGGAACUUGAUGAAAUCCGCAAGUCUGGAAUGAAAAAUUUCCGCAACAUCCAAGUUGACGAGUCAAACAUUUUGACUUGGCAAGGGCUCAUCGUUCCUGACAACCCUCCGUACGAUAAAGGCGCAUUCCGGAUUGAGAUCAUAUUCCCUGCUGAGUAUCCGUUUAAGCCUCCAAAAAUCACCUUCAAAACAAAGAUCUACCACCCGAACAUCGACGAGAAAGGCCAGGUCUGCCUGCCAGUCAUAAGUGCUGAAAACUGGAAACCAGCAACUAAAACUGACCAAGUAAUCCAGUCUCUCAUCGCCCUCGUCAACGACCCUCAACCAGAGCACCCGCUGAGGGCCGACUUAGCAGAGGAAUACUCAAAAGAUCGUAAAAAGUUCUUUAAGAACGCAGAAGAGUUUACAAAGAAACACGGAGAAAAGCGACCAGUGGACUAAUAACACCAGAGUGACUCCCGCUCACUCUGCCCACCCCUCCGAAUCUAUACACCUCUGCCUCUACCCGCCUCUACCCAGCCCGCCCCCACACUCAGACCCCCAGCGCCCGCCCAGAACUCUGAGACGAGCAUCUCGGCAGUGUCUCGCCCUCGCUACGGGACUUUCUCAAUCGGUCUCCUCGCCCUCUGGGUGCCAGCUGUGGACGGCUGAUUUUUCUAUAGUGUGUGUAUAAAAAAAAGAUAAUGUGACCCAAAUAUGAGCAUAAACGGGACCUUGAUUUAAAUAAUAAAUAAAAAAAAAAUAAAAGAAAUAAAUGGCAAAUAUUGGAUGGUGGGGGGCGGUGAGGGUGGGGGUGAAUGCUGUUCCUUUUAAUUUGUUCUUAAUUUGCACAGAGAUACAGUGUACUGGUCGCGCAACCUGCUGUGCAAUGAAUCUCGACUGUUUUCGGAGCAGAGUACUACGGUGAACUUGAUUAUAUUAUAUUAUAAUGUCCUUUCACUGUCCUUCCCUUCCACGCUUCCACGUCUUCUGUUGAAAUUCCUGUACCUAAACCAUAGGCGACACUUUAUACUUCUUCGCCGAGUCCACCUACAGUUUACGGAGUGCCGGUGUAGCCUGCGAAAGUGGCCUACGCCAUUGUUAGCAUUUAUAUUUGUGCGUUGGUGCGUCGUUCUGCGAUUACACCCCCAGAACACUAGUUGGUAGUGUAGGCAGAAACGCAAAGGCGGGAGUACGAUGCUCAGCAGACCAAUCACAGUUACUGCAGGAGGAUCAUGUCGGGCUACAGCGUAGGCGUUCAGGCGUUGGCUACGUGGCUAUGCGUAUAGUGCGAGUAAACUGUGGCAUAGAUUCGACGCAGAAGCAUAAAUUGGCCUUUACUGCAUUUGAGGUGUGUGGCAGACAUUUUCUUUUAUAUUUCUUUUAUGUUUUUUGUUUUUGGCUUAGAUUGCACUGUAAUCUGUGGAACAAGGUGUUAUGUUCUUCAUAACCUCUGUUUGUAACUCAUCCAAUAUUCAAAACUGCAGCUUAGUCACUGUUACCAAUAAAAUGUUUAUGAUGUUAUAAAAAAAGAAAAACAA